AUGGAGAAGCCGACGGAUCCCGAUGAAUUGGCGAUGCAUUAUAAACGAUUCAAUACCUGUCUAACCGAAGAGCAGCUCAGUUGGAAAAUAUGGUUUCUGCAGAAGGUGCUCUAUGGAUAUGUGCUGCCUCUUCUCAUCCUCUUCGGUGUUUCGGGAAAUAUAUUAAAUCUCACCGUAUUAAUGGCUCCAAAUAUGCGAACAAGCUAUGAGUUCAUGAAACAAAUCGAAUGGUUCCGUGUGUUUCAUCUCACUAAUAAACAGCAUCUUGUCGGAUUCGCCAACUGGAUGUCCGCUUCGGCAAUGUGGCUGGUGCUCGUAAUCUGUUUGGAACGACUCAUCGGAAUCAAAUACCCAUUGUCAUUUCGAAAAAGGAAUUUUUUGUCGCCGAAAGUCGUCAUACCAUUAAUCGUCGCCAUGACUGGAUUACUCACGUGCCAUCAUCAUUUUAGUUGGUCAUGCCAAGGUCGUAUUUUCUGCGGUGGCAAUCAAACACACAUGAGAUGCCUGCGAAAGGAUUCGAUAUUGUGGUUCGGAAAGAAUACGACGAAUCCAACAAGCGAGCUCGCGAAAAUCCUCAUUCGAUAUGCUUCUCAUGUGCAGGCGAUUUUCACCGUGUUCAUUCCCAUCAUUUUAGUGCUGAUUUCAAAUGUGAUGUUGUUAAUGACAUUACGCCAACGACAAAAACUCUUCGCCCCAAAUAGCACGAUUCGAGGAGAUUCGCAAUUUAGUGGCACAGCUCAAGCAAAGACAGAGCACAAGGUGACAAUAACGGUUACUGCCAUCGUCACUUGCUUCACAAUAACACAGGGACCAUCAGCUAUUUUUGAAUUCAUCAGAAAUUAUCAGCAGCCGUCGAAAAACACGGACGGCGAAAAGGAUUGGAUGGUGAAUUGGGCGACAAUCACAGCGACUCUAGUCGUCAUCGGAAAAGCGCUCAAUUUUGUAUUAUUCUGUUUAUCGUCGGCGACAUUCCGUCAACGUCUUCUGAUGCAGACGAAACAAGGUCUUCUCCGCAAAUCCACUAGAACAGUCUCGAUGGUUACCACUUCAACUGUCGUCGUUGACAGUUUACUCGAGAAUCGAAAAAGGAGUCGACCUGCGUUCGAGAUGACGGAGACUGAGGCUCGACCAACACCCCGUCAAAUUGUUUUGCUUAAAAAUCAAAGAACCAACAGCAGCCAAUCAAUGGGAGAACGAAUGCCUCUGAAGGAAAUACGGAGAGGUACUAGCUUUGUCUAA